UUUUUUUGACUGGAGGGGAGGCAAUACAUCUUUCUUUAGUUCUUCUUAGUCCUUGUAACAGCACUCAGACCAACAAAGCUACAGUUUUUUCUCUCACUGUCUUACCACUACCCUUGUCCUCUUGUUGGACAUAGUAUAGUGCUUAUAUAUCAUUUGCUUCCUUUAUUUGCAAGCCUUGGAGACACAGUUUCUUAUUCAUCUUCUUCCUCAAGUUCUGCUCUGUGUCUUUUUAUCUAUUCCCCUUGAACUCUGUGUGUGUGUGUGUGUGUGUGUGUGUGUUUGUUGUUCGCUUUUGCUCUCUCAAGAGGUUUGCACUCUUUCAGUGGGGAGAGAGUGAGAGGGAGAGGGAUGAGUGCUACAAAGUUCAUUAAAUGUGUUACCGUUGGGGAUGGGGCUGUGGGGAAGACCUGCAUGCUUAUCUGCUACACCAGCAACAAGUUCCCCACUGAUUAUAUUCCCACUGUGUUUGAUAACUUCAGUGCUAAUGUUUCUGUGGACGGGAGCAUUGUCAACUUGGGAUUGUGGGAUACUGCAGGACAAGAAGACUACAGCAGACUCAGACCCCUGAGUUAUAGAGGUGCAGACAUAUUUGUUUUAGCUUUCUCUUUAAUCAGCAGGGCUAGCUACGAGAAUGUUCUCAAGAAGUGGAUGCCUGAACUUCGCCGCUUUGCACCAAAUGUUCCAAUUAUUUUGGUUGGCACUAAGCUAGAUCUUCGUGAAGACAGAGGUUAUCUUGCUGAACAUCCAGGUGCUUCCACAAUAACACCGGCACAGGUAAGUUCUCAUGGAAUCAAUCUAUGGAGAACCUAUCUCGCACCCAAAAAUGUCAAUAAAGUUGGGAAAUACUAUAGUUUGGAACUAUCUAAUGAAUACUUUUACUUCUUGUUUAGGGGGAAGAACUUAGGAAACAAAUUGGUGCCGCAGCAUACAUCGAAUGCAGCUCUAAAACCCAACAGAACGUCAAAGCUGUUUUUGAUACUGCAAUCAAAGUGGUUCUUCAACCUCCACGAAGGAAGGAGAUGAUGCCCAAGAAAAAACGGAGAAGAAGCUCUGGCUGUUUAAUGAUGAAUCUUGUGUGUGGAGGCAUGUGCACUGCAUAGGACAAAAGAAGCGACUACAUUUGGUGUGCUGAUAAGUAACUCUGCUUGGGUGCAUGCUAGCAGCAACCUCUUUCUUACCUAGAGUUUUCAGUUCCAUGGAAACAGCCGACAAACAUUUAGUUUCGUUGGUAGAGGGAACCAUUGGUUCUCUAAUACUUCAGGGAAUGAACCAGUUCUCUUGUUUAUGUAAGAAAGUAAUGCCUGAGUACUUUAUAUGGUUUCCAGCUAUUGCAAUUUAGUGAUCAUGUUGAUCUAUGCUGAUACUCAUUUAGAAGUAAUGAUACUUUGUGAAUGCUAUGGUGGUGAUUUCGGAAGAACAGAAAUUCCCUCUUUUUCCUCACCUCACAAUAGUAGAGCAUGCCAUCAUUAUAU